AUGGAGAUAAACAUGGAGGUGAGGAAUGAGACAACAAUCCAAGAAUUCAUUCUGGAAGGGUUUCCUGCCAUCCAGUACCUGGGGAACAUCUUCUUCCUGAUGCAUCUGCUGGCAUAUCUGGCCUCUAUCACAGGAAAUAUGGUGAUCAUCAUUAUCACUUGGGCUGACCAUCGCCUCCAGACACCAAUGUAUAUUUUACUCAGCACUUUCUCCUUCUCUGAAUGCUGUUUUAUUACCACAGUUAUUCCUAAACUGCUGUCCAUCUUUCUUUCAGGAAGGCAAACAAUUUCCUUUACUUCUUGUCUCACACAAGCCUUUUCUUUUCUGUUUUUUGGGUCAAUAAUUUUUUUCCUGAUGGCUGUGAUGUCCUUGGAUCGAUACCUGGCCAUUUGCAAACCUCUGCACUACCCGGCCAUCAUGAACCUGAGGGUUAGUUUCCUUCUGGCUUUCUUCUGCAAUGCUUUGUCCUUCAUCUUGAUCACUGGUCUGGUGCUCAAGGUUUCUCAGUUAUCCUUCUGUGGCCCCAAUGUCAUCUCUCAUUUCUUUUGUGACCUCGGCUCCCUGAUUCAUCUCUCUUGUUCUGACACUGGGUCUGUUGAAAUAUAUGUCCUCUUCCUUGCUCUGCUUGUCAUUCUGAUAUCUCUCAUUUUAACCAUCAUUGCAUACAGCAAUAUAGCGGUCACAAUUGUGCGACUUCCAUCAGCCAAGGAGCGACAGAAAGCUUUCUCCACCUGCUCCUCUCACCUCAUCGUCCUCUCUCUGAUGUACGGCAGCUGUGUCUUUAUAUACGUGAAACCAAAGCAAACAAAUAGGCUGGACUCCAACAGGGCGGCUGCCCUUGUGAACACAGUGGUGACUCCACUGUUGAACCCUGUCAUCUACACUCUGCGGAACAAGCAGGUCCACCAGGCUCUGAGGGAUGCUCUGUCCAGGGUGAGGUUGCAGAAACAGAGCUUUGGAGGCCCACAGCAAGCUCUCCAUUUCUUGGAAGAUAAUAGUUGCAAGAGGAGGAAGUCCUGCCUGCCAUGA